AUGCACGGCCACACAUUUUAAAGGAAUUAACUUCAUUUUCAGGGCAGGCGGCACCUAUCAAGUUUAAAAUCUUGUCUGCACGAAGUGAUUUCAAUGCCACGUCUUUUUUUUGGUUACUGAUUUGAUUGAACAUGUGACUGAAUUAGAGGCUCACAUGGCUGCGGUGGCUGCAUGAUCCGCUUUACUUUUUUAAAGUCCGGUGAUCGGUAGCUCCCUCGGCAGCGACCAUCCACAGCAGAGGACCGCUGAAAAACACAGCGCCUACCCGGACAAAUCAUGGCGAACAGCGGGCAGAAAGUUGUGCUGAUCACCGGCUGCUCCUCCGGCAUCGGGUUACGAAUCGCCGUCACGCUGGCCAAAGAUGAAAAGAAGCGUUACCAUGUCAUUGCCACUAUGCGGGACCUGAAGAAGAAAGACAAGCUAGUGGAGGCAGCAGGAGAUGCAUAUGGCAAGACCUUGAUAUUGCUUCCACUAGACGUGUGCAGUGACGAGUCAGUCAAGCAGUGCAUCAACAAUAUAAAGGACCGCCAUAUUGAUAUCCUGAUCAACAAUGCAGGAGUGGGCUUGCUGGGACCUGUGGAAAGCAUCAGCAUCGAGGAGAUGAAAAGAGUAUUUGAGACCAACUUCUUUGGUGUUGUUCGCAUGAUCAAAGAAGUGAUGCCAGACAUGAAGAAGAGGCGUUCAGGACACAUCCUGGUCAUGAGCAGUGUCAUGGGUCUUCAGGGAGUGGUGUUCAAUGAUGUUUACACUGCUUCUAAGUUUGCCAUGGAAGGUUUCUGUGAGAGUAUGGCCGUGCAACUGAUGAAGUUCAAUAUCCGGUUGUCCAUGAUUGAGCCCGGCCCAGUGCACACUGAGUUUGAGACAAAGAUGAUGGAGGAUGUGGCCAAGAUGGAGUAUCCAGGAGUAGAUGCCGAAACAGUCCGUUAUUUUAAAGAUGUUUACCUGCCGUCAUCCAUAGAUAUAUUUGAAGCCAUGGGCCAGACGCCAGACGACAUAGCUAAAUGCACUAAAAAGGUUAUUGAGUCAAACAGCCCUCGCUUCAGGAAUCUGACCAACAGCCUCUACACGCCUAUUGUGGCCUUAAAGUACGCAGAUGAGACUGGUGGCCUGUCUGUCAACACCUUCUACAACCUACUCUUCAAUUUCGGCCCUCUCAUGCACAUCACCAUGAGCAUCCUCAAGUGCCUGACAUGCAGCUGCCUGCGUAGACGCACCGUCUCACCUAACUGAAGAGGGUGUCCAACCCUGCCCCUUGUCCUUACCCUCCCAUAUUGUUGAACCCCACCCAGUUCUACUGCCUUAUCCUGAGGUAUGGGGCUAAGCAGGCAGACUAGAGCCAGUAACCCUGGAGAGAGGAGGUGCCUUUUAGUUCAAAGAAACUACCAUGAUAAGCUUUGCCAGACAACAUGCACAAUUGCACAAGUUUGUCACAGAGAUGUUGUAUGCAGGAUGACCUCAUGUACUCACACACACACACACACACACACACACACACACACACACA